AUGGAGACGGUAUUCUGCUCCACUAGUGGUAAAUGCACUAAUUAGCAGUACAAUUGCUCUCUGAUCUUCAAAAACAAAUAAUAAAGAAUAGAAUAUCAAAUCAAUACGGUUAUAUGAUAUAUUGCACAUUACUACUUUAUUAUUACAAUUAUGCUGAAUUACAUGUCUCCAGCAUGCGUGUUCAUAAAACAGAUUCACACGAAGACGUUCAUGUGAGAAUCACAUGGAGCCACUAAAUUCUCCCUCGGUCCUUCUCAGCCAAUCUCGUCUUAGAUGGGCGGAGAUUCCGUGCUGCAAACUGUAAGUGGGGAACCAGAUCUCUUGAUCACAAGUACAGAAAAAAAAGUGUUGCAGCACUGAACUAACGUUAAGGGCUCUACUUGGUAGAUUAGCUACACUUUGUUUAUAUAAAUAGCGUUACAAAACGUUCACAAGCUGCUUAUAGAAAAUAGCGCUCCGAAAUUGUAUUGACACAUACUUUAAAGACAAAGAAAUCACGCAGUUAUGGAACCACUACACAAAGACGAGAAGCCAAAUCCAUCUGCUACUGCUAGUGUCUUUUCCAAGAUAUUUUUCUGUUGGUUAAAUCCUUUAUUUCGAAUUGGAUAUAAAAGAAAGCUAGAAGAAGAUGAUAUGUACAAACUGCUUCCAGAAGAUCGAUCAGAAAGACUGGGAGAGGAGCUACAGUGGUACUGGGAUAAAGAAGUCGAGCAAGCGAAGAAAGAUCUACGGGUACCACAGCUUACUAAAGCUAUUGUGAAAUGUUACUGGAAGUCCUAUGCUGUUUUAGGGGCUUUCACAUUGAUCGAGGAGACUCUCAAAGUAAUCCAGCCUGUGUUUUUAGGCAAAUUGAUUAUUUUUUUUGAAACCUACAAUCCUGACAACAGGGAAGCUCUGUAUGUUGCUUACGGAUAUGCGGCAGGUGUGUCUCUCUCAACCUUUCUGUUCGCUAUUUUCCACCACCUGUAUUUUUAUCAUGUCCAAAGAUCAGGAAUGAAAAUUCGAGUGGCUAUGUGUCAUAUGAUUUUUAAAAAGGCCCUUUGCCUUAGUAACACAGCCCUGGGAAAAACAACAACAGGACAGAUUGUAAAUCUUUUAUCGAAUGACGUCAACAAGUUUGAUGAGGUUACAAUUUUUUUGCACUUCUUAUGGAUUGGUCCACUGCAGGCAGCAGCAGUGACAGCCCUUCUGUGGCAGGAGAUAGGCCCAUCAUGUCUUGCAGGAAUGGCAAUUCUUGUUUUUCUGAUGCCUCUGCAAACAUGUUUUGGUCGAUUAUUUUCAAAGCUAAGGAGCAAAACUGCAGCGUUUACAGACACACGAAUUCGCACAAUGAACGAAGUUGUGUCAGGAAUGAGGAUAAUUAAGAUGUAUGCAUGGGAGAAGCCAUUUGCAAAACUGGUCUCUGAAAUCAGAAGGAAGGAGAUUUCUAAGGUCAAAAAGAGCUCCUAUCUCCGUGGGAUGAACAUGGCUUCUUUCUUCGUGGCCAACAAGAUUAUCCUGUUUAUCACUUUCACCACUUUUGUGCUGCUGGGGAACCCCAUCUCUGCCAGCAAAGUCUUUGUCACUGUGUCACUGUACAGUGCAGUCAGGCUCACCGUCACCCUCUUCUUCCCAUCAGCUAUCGAGAGGGCCUCAGAAACCAUGAUCAGCAUUCGCAGAAUAAAGAACUUUUUAACACUGGAUGAGAUUGUUAAGCCCAGCGUGGAGUUACACAAGGAAGAGAAAAAGGAUGUACUUAUUCACAUGAAGGAUGUGAUUUGUUACUGGGACAAGAACCUGGAUGCACCGACAUUGCAGAAUGUUUCUUUCACAGUCCAUCCAGGCCAGUUGCUUGCUGUGAUUGGACCAGUGGGAGCAGGAAAAUCCUCUCUCCUCAGUGCUAUUCUGGGAGAGCUGCCUAAAGACCAGGGAGACAUUAAGGUGAAAGGGAAACUAACCUUUGCAGCACAGCAGCCCUGGGUGUUCUCAGGAACUCUGCGGAGCAACAUUCUGUUUGGGAUGGAGUACAACCCACAGAAGUAUGAACAAGUCAUCAGAGCUUGUGCUCUCAAGAAAGAUAUAGAUAUUUUACCAGACGGCGAUAUGACUGUGAUUGGGGAUCGAGGCGCUACGCUUAGUGGUGGUCAGAAGGCCCGAGUAAACCUUGCUAGAGCUGUCUAUCAGGAUACUGACAUAUAUUUGCUGGAUGACCCUCUCAGUGCUGUGGAUGCUGAAGUAGGAAGACACUUGUUUGAAAAGUGUAUAUGUGGUGUCCUGCGUAACAAACCUCGUAUUCUUGUCACACAUCAGCUGCAGUACUUGCAAGCUGCAGACCAGAUUCUAGUACUAAAAGAGGGUCACAUGGUGGCCAAAGGGACCUAUGGAGAGCUGCAGCGGUCUGGAGUGGAUUUUACUUCCCUGUUAAAGAAAGAUGAAGAUGAAGAGGAUGAGCAGGCUCCUACAGAGCAGAACGGCAGCAGGUCAGCACGCUGUCGCACCAUCUCCCAAAACUCUGUCUGGUCACAGACUUCCUCCAGCCAGUCUACCACAGAUGGGACUGCAGACCUGCCUCCAGCAGAGGCAGUGACAACAGUGCUGUCAGAGGAGAGUCGUUCAGAGGGGUCCAUUGGUGUACGGCUUUAUUGGAAGUAUUUUAUUGCCGGAGCCAAUUGUGCUGUCCUUCUGCUUCUGUUCCUGCUCAACCUUUUAGCACAGACCACUUAUAUCCUGCAGGACUGGUGGUUGUCCUAUUGGGCAUCUAAACAGGAGAAGUUAAACGUUACUCAGGGUGCUCACAAUCAUAAUGAAACUCAACAGUUGGACCUUGGCUUUUAUUUAGGAGUGUAUGCAGGUUUAACCGUGGUAACUGUAAUAUUUGGAUUUCUUCGAAGCCUGCUGUUCUUUAAGGUGCUAGUAAACUCAGCACAGACUCUGCACAACCAAAUGUUUCAAUCCAUACUGAGAACUCCAGUUCGGUUCUUCGAUAUAAAUCCUAUUGGGAGAAUCCUGAACCGUUUCUCCAAAGACAUCGGCCAGUUGGACAACUUGCUUGCCUUGACGUUUGCUGACUUCGUCCAGACCUUCCUGCAGAUUGUGGGUGUGAUAGCCGUGGCUGUGUCUGUAAUCCCCUGGAUUAUAAUCCCGCUCAUUCCACUCUUGAUCAUUUUCAUAAUCCUGCGCCGGUAUUUCCUGCAGACCUCUCGAGAUAUCAAGCGCUUGGAAUCCACCACUCGGAGUCCUGUCUUCUCCCACCUGUCUUCGUCUCUCCAAGGGCUGUGGACCAUUCGUGCCUUUAAAGCAGAACAAAGAUUUCAAAGAGAAUUUGAUGACCAUCAAGAUCUCCAUUCAGAGUCCUGGUUUUUGUUUUUAACCACAUCACGGUGGUUUGCUGUUCGACUAGAUGUCCUUUGUGCAAUUUUUGUCACAACAAUUGCCUUUGGAUCUCUUCUCCUUGCGAAUGAACUGGAGGCUGGCGACGUUGGUCUGGCGCUUUCCUACGCCGUCACUCUGAUAGGAAUGUUCCAGUGGGGUGUCCGGCAAAGUGCCGAAGUUGAGAAUCAGAUGACGUCAGUGGAGCGGGUGCUGGAUUACACUGAGCUGGAGAGCGAGGCCCCCUGGGUGACGGAGUGCCGGCCUCCCCCAGACUGGCCAAGGCACGGAGUGAUUGUCUUCGAGGGAGUGAACUUUGCUUACAGCCGUGACGGGCCGCAUGUUCUUAAGAACAUGCAUGCAGUUUUCAGAUCCAAAGAAAAGGUUGGUGUUGUUGGAAGGACUGGUGCUGGAAAAAGCUCUCUCAUCUCUGCCCUGUUUCGGCUGGCUGAACCUGACGGCAAUAUCCGAAUUGACGGAGUUUUGACCUCUGAACUUGGACUUCAUGAUCUUCGUAUGAAAAUGUCAAUCAUCCCUCAGGACCCUGUGUUGUUUACUGGCACCAUGAGGAAGAACCUUGAUCCAUUUAACGAGCACACUGAUGAGGACCUGUGGAAUGCACUCCAAGAGGUGCAACUGAAGGGGGUAGUGGAAGAAUUGCCAAGUAAGAUGGAGACAGAGCUGGCUGAAUCUGGAUCAAAUUUUAGUGUUGGCCAGAGGCAGCUGGUGUGCCUUGCCAGGGCAAUCCUUAGGAAAACGCGUAUACUGAUAAUCGAUGAAGCAACAGCGAAUGUGGACCCAAGAACCGAUGAGUUAAUUCAAAAGACGAUUCGCGAAAAGUUUGAGCAAUGUACAGUACUUACCAUUGCACACAGACUUAACACUAUUAUUGACAGUGAUAGAAUACUGGUUUUAGAUGCAGGAAGAAUACAUGAAUAUGAUGAGCCCUAUGUUCUUCUGCAAAAUAAUGACAGCAUAUUCUGUAAGAUGGUUCAGCAGACUGGCAAGGCUGAAGCUGCAGCUCUUCUUGAGACAGCCAAACAGGUAUAUAUGAAAAGCAGUCGUCCAAAUACUGUGCCAAAUGGUCAGAUGCACACCACGACCAGUUCGAAAGACACAGACCCCAGUUUCAUUGUCUUUGAAAGCGCACUUUAACUCUGUAACAAGUUGCUCUGUAUGCUGCCUGCACAUUCUUUCAGUACUGUUCACCUGGAAGGCCAGUGCUGGGAUUCUAACACACUCCAAACCUAUAUCUCAAGCACUUCAUAUAAAGAGUGACAUGUGAUUUAGCCUAUAGUAUUCUUUAAGCCUUAAGAAUGAUUGUUUGUUCACAGAUAAUGUGAACUGAUGUACAGGCCCGUUUUUACUAUGUGAACCACAUAGAAUCUGAUGGAACCCCACUAGGGACAAAAUACUCUGAAUGUAAUUUGUAAUUACAGUAGAUUGAAUAAUUAAUAGUGCCUUAUUAGAAUAAUAAGUGGCAAAGCAGACAAUGGUUUUAUAAUAUUAUAUAAGAAGGCUGUGUGGUCCAGUGGUCAAAGAAAAGGGCUUGUAACCAGGAGGUCCCCAGUUCAAAUCCCACCUCAGCCACUGACUCAUUGUGUGACCCUGAGCAAGUCACUUAACCUCCUUGUGCUCUGUCUUGUGUGUGAGAUGUAGUUGUAAGUGACUCUGCAGCUGAUGAAUAGUUCACACACCCUAGUCUCUGUAAGUCGCCUUGGAUAAAGACUUUCAAAUGUUGUCCUUGGAUCAAGGGUAAAAAAGAAAUCCCAAUAAAAUUGAGUUUUCUGUUUCGGGAGUUAAAAGUGCUUUUAUUUUAUGAGGUUUUAGCUAAUUUUACUGAUUUAAUAAAAACAAUGACAGAUUUGCAUCAGAACUGAAAUUAAAGCAGAUUGCUCUUGUGUAGAACUUUCUUUGGGUUACAUGUCGAGUCAUAGUUUGCUCAUUUUAGCAACAUUCAAGUCUUGUAGCCCUAAGUAUGUUGUGGUAGCAUUACAUAAUCUGAUGAGUAUAACACUCUUGACUAGCCAACAAUAAUGUUUUUAAAAUGGCCUCAUCAUAGCCUUAGUGCACUUUAUAAUUAUUUCAAACCAAACAGAAUGAUUGCAAAAUAAAUACAUUGAUUUUAUAAGUCCUUACUCAUUGUGAAAAAUGUCAUCUGAGAACAGGUUUGUUUUCGGAGAAGCCACAAAGAAGUGCAUCUAUAUGUGAGGUCAAAAGGUUGAUUCCACCAUGUGAGCAGUUAGCCAAAUAGAGCUGUGUCACCAGCUGAUCUGAAGUGGAUUGUAUGAACAUCCUGAACAGGGAUUUUAAGAUGCGGUACCAAAAGUAUUAACCAAUUCUGACAACAUCUGUACUACUUAUUUCAGAAUAGAUUUUAUCCUCAUGGGUAGUGUGGUGGAGAAAGAAAUCUUGUUGAGGGAGUUCAGUAAGUGAUAUGUGUCUUGUUCUGCCUGGUCGCACCAUUGAAAACGAAAGCCUGAACAACACCUGAAAAAUGUGUGCUUGUUGCAUUCUAGAUCACAGGUUAAUCUUUCAAUAAAAUGUGUUGCAUCUUAAGAAAUGCAUGGGGGUUAUGCAUAAAAAGACUUCC